GGAAGUUAAAGAAUUGUGCAAAACUGAAAUUCUUUUAGUAAUCCAUGUUUUAAAACAAAGGAGGAGACAAAGAAAGCAAGAGACCUCUCCCCACAAGAGUGUCAAGGGCAACCCCAUCACCAAAUAAGGACAUCCCGUUACAGCCACCCCAGAAGGGCGCACUAAACAAAAUCGACAGAAUGGCAGUGUUUGGGCAAAGUGACCUAAUGAAGAAAAACUUCAGACAGCGAACUUCGAUAAUGCAGUCCCACCACCGCCACCCCUUAGCCUGGCUGAGCUUCAUCUCCCGACAUGGAUGAGAUGUACCUGAGGGACCACCACCACCGCCACCACCACCACCAGGAGAGCCGUCUGAACUCAGUCUCGUCCACGCAGGGCGAUAUGGUGCAGAAGAUGCCCGGGGAAAGCCUGUCUCGGGCUGGCGCCAAGGCCGCGGGAGAAAGCAGCAAGUACAAAAUCAAGAAGCAGCUGUCGGAGCAGGACCUACAGCAGUUGCGGCUGAAGAUCAACGGACGCGAGCGCAAGCGGAUGCACGACCUGAACCUCGCGAUGGACGGGCUGCGCGAGGUCAUGCCCUACGCGCACGGGCCCUCGGUGCGCAAGCUCUCCAAGAUCGCCACUCUCCUGCUGGCCAGAAACUACAUCCUCAUGCUCACCAGCUCCCUGGAGGAGAUGAAGAGGCUGGUUGGUGAGAUCUACGGGGGCCACCACUCGGCCUUCCACUGCGGGACCGUGGGCCACUCGGCCGGCCACCCGGCGCACGCGGCCAACGCCGUGCACCCGGUGCACCCGAUCCUGGGCGGCGCGCUCUCGUCCAGCAAUGCCUCGUCACCCCUGUCCGCCGCCUCGCUGCCGGCCAUCGGCACCAUUCGGCCUCCUCACUGA